AUGGCCACAUCCGGGCCUCCAUGGCAUUUGCUUUGUCUUCUAUCAACACUCCUCUUGUUGAUCGAUGCGGCCGACAAUGAGACCAGCUCUCCGAUGGAUUCCGCGACGGUGGGGGAAAAUGUGGACAGUGUCAUUGUGAAUGUGGGCCAUAUUGGCGCUAUCGGCGUGAUGCCAAAGUCCGAGGAGAUCUUGGCCAUGUGCCGCGAGGAGCUGUGGAAAGAGGGCGUCCUGGACAAGAAAUUCGACAUCAAGUGAGUGCGCGAAAUGCCUGUUACUCGGCAAUUCGCAAGGCUGUCGGGAAAAUAAUGAGCGCAAUGUUGCUGGGCCAAUCAUAUCGCUGAAGUGAAAAGCAAUUUGAUUUUGCCGCGACACAAUUCAUUUUCUCGGUGGCGAUUUUCGACACGAAAUUUUGCUCAUCCUAAUCUCACGCAUGCUCACACAGCCUAUUACAAUAAUUACAGGAUCAUCAGCAGUAUGGGUUGUGGCGAAUCUUUCGAGGGUGUUGCCGUCGGCGCUGACAUGUAUCAUCAGCAGAAUGUCAAGGCUUUCAUUGGCCCCUACUGCAAUGCAGGUAAGCCGCGAUUUCUGUAGAACAUACAGCCCAAAUACAAUAGAAUUUUAUCUAACCAAAUCUUUGUAGAAAUGGACGCAGUCAGCAAGAUGGCGGCGUUCUGGAAUGUCCCCAUCGUUGGCUACAUGGCUGCAGGCACCGCAUUCUCCGACAAGACAAUCUACAAAACCACCGCUAGAGUUUCGCUGAGAACCAUCAAUUUUAUGGCUGUAGCCACUGUCGCUGCGUUGAAGCAUUUCAAAUGGCAAAAAGUAGGGAUAAGCGGACAAAACAUAUUUUAUUGUAGGUUGCAAUUGUAACCCAAAACGGAGUCGCAGCGUUGGAACGAGCUCAAGCCUUCGAGGCGGUAAUGCACCAAUCCGGAGUUCAAGUCAUCAAGAAGGUCAUGUUUGAUGAAAACAGCCAAACAAAGGACAUUCUGGCCUCUGGAUACAUGGAACAACUAAAACAAAGUGCAAGGGGUAAGUGCAUUUUUCAGUAGAAUGCCCAUAGCUCAUUGUGAGUCAGAGAUUCUGUCAUGCAGUCGGGGAAAUAAUGAAAACACUGGACUUGCGCCUGUCGCGUCGCUGAAAUGAAAAGCAAUUUGAUCUUGCCGCGACACAAUUCAUUUUCGAUGUGAUGUUUGAUGCGACAGAGAGCCCAUUAUUUUCCCGACAAUCAGAUAGUACCCUCAAAAGAGCAUGAUUAACUCUUAUUCCACCGAUUUCAGUCAUUGUCUGUAUUUUCUCGAACACCCGCGACAUGAACAAGGAGUUUAUGAGUGCCGCGACUGCCGCUGAUAUGAACAACCCAGAAUUCGUCUAUGUUCUUCCGUGGCUGCAAGCCGAAGCCAAAGAUCUGCCUCCGUGGAUUGGCCCAGACGGACAAACUAUGGCCAAUGUGAAAUCCCAUUUUGGCAACUGUAUUAUCGUAAGUUGGCAAUUUUCCGGCUAAUAUCGCUGAAUUCAGAUUGACGACUCCACCGGCUUCGAAAACACCCUAUUAACGCCGUUCAAGGAAAAGGUGUCGAGCUUCGGGCUCAACGUCGAGGAUCUGAAUCUUGUAAGUGUCCAGGGGCCUUCAACGUUCCACGGCGAACACGCAAAAUAUACCCAUCGAUUGCAGGAGAAUAUCUACGGUUAUAUCCAUCUCUAUGACGCGCUGAAACUUUACUGUCUGGCUGCUCGGAAAGCGAUUAGUGAGACGGGAAAACUAAGCGUGAUUGACGAUGGAAAAGCGAUCUGGAAUCGGAUGAGAAGCUUCUCGUUUCCCGGCCUCGUCUCCGCGGCUGGAGAAUCCUCCGGCACGGUGCUGAUGGACGAUUUGGCCGAGAGAGCGGGGGUUUUCGCCGCAUUUUAUAUCUCGACUACGAAAGAAGAGACGGUCAAGGUUGUGGAGAUGACACCCGUGCCGCUCAAGAAUUGCGAUGGGCUAGUGAACAAGAGUAGCUGCAUGGAAUUGGUAAGCCGGCACUACUAGUCCGUUCGCAAAGCCGCUGAAGUGAUUUCGGCGACAUGCGUUGUGAGAAAACAACUGCUCAUUGUGCAAUUUUCGAUAGGCUUUUUUGGGCUGACGCUCGCACCCUGACUUUCUGUUUCAGAAAACUCAUAUAUUAUAAAUGCCAUUUUCAGCGACUAAACGACACAAUCACUGGAUUUUGGCCUUCGUUUGACGGCCGCCUUCCGAAAGACGAACCAGAUUGCGGAUUCAGAGGAGAAAGAUGCGAUUACACCUUGCUCAUGGUUGGAGGUAUUCUCGCGAUAGCAGCGGUAGUACUGGCGCUUUGCGGCUUCUUGCUGUGUCGAACCUUGGAGAACAGUGCGUUGGACAAAAAUUCGUGGCGCAUAUUCCGCGAGGACCUAAGGCUCAUCAACUCGGAGGAAUUGAAGUCUAUGGUAAGAAAGAUGAAAGGCAAUGGAAAUGCCAACACAAUGAAAAACUUAUUUCUUUUUUUGGUUUUCAGCUUUCCAUUGGAUCCACUAGAACAAAGCUAAGUAACGCAACCAAAUUUGCGAAGCAUCACGCAAUCAUUGGAACCAAUACGCAUGCCUCAUACCACGCCUAUCCCCAACAACGAAUGAUCAGGUUCGUUAGGGACGACCUUCGCCUCCUGACCCAAAUGAAAUUGGUAGUGCAUGACAAUUUGAACCCUUUCCUUGGGAUGUCCUUCAACGAGAAGGAGGAAAUGCUCAUUUUGUGGAAAUUCUGUUCGCGUGGAACAGUUCAAGACAUUAUAUACAAUGAUGACGUAUCUCUGGACACUAAUUUCCAUGCCGCUUUCGUUAGGGAUAUUACUUUGGUAGGUUAACUCCAUAAUAGAGAGAAAUACCAAAAAGGGAACUACUAUGACAACCAUUUCAGGGUCUGGAAUACCUCCAUACCUCGCAGAUCGGCUAUCAUGGAUCUCUGACACCUUGGUCUUGCCUAAUCGAUCGAAACUGGAUGAUCAAACUGACGGACUACGGAAUCGCCAACCCCAUUGAACGUUGGUCGAAACAAGGUGCUAUUGGACAAGAAUCCUUAAUGGAAGAUGACGAGAAGAGUGGCGCUAUUCAAGCGACAAGUGGGUUUUAGAAAUAAAAACGCAAAAACAUGAGAGGACUGAAAAAGUUUUGCCUUUUUGUAAUUGCCGUAGAUCCGAUUGCAAUCUCUAAUUCAUCAUCAAAUUAAGAUGACAAUUCUCACGCUUCAGACACGUUGUACUGUGCGCCGGAAAUGCUGCAGAAUCGGGACAACAACAAGAGAAGAGGAAUGGAUCAGAACUGGCAGAAGCAGGCGCUAAACAGACUGCAAGCUGGUGACAUCUACGCAUUCGGAAUGGUCAUGCACGAGAUUAUGACACGGAAACUGCCCUUCCCCGAAGAUCAGAAUAUCUCAGGUAGGCAAGGAGAAUCGAAGGAAACAGAAGCGUAGAGCAAGUUCAAACUAAAGGGAGUUUUUUUAGAUCUCUGUGGCUUCUUGAAAGACGGCACAAGAACAGUGAGGCCACAGGUCCAGAAGAAUGACACCAUCUCGGCCGAUUUGGUGUCUCUGCUAGAAGAUUGCUGGUCUAGAAACCCAGAAUUGCGGCCCAGCAUUCGGCGUGUCAGGCUGAAUACCGAGCAUUACUUGAAAGUGUAAGCAAUUGCAGUGCCAAACAAAAUAGCGGCUGAAAACAUAUCAUACAUCAUGUUUGAUGCAAUAAAACGCAACAUUAUGCGUUGUAUUGCAUCAAAGAUGAUGUAGGAUAUGUUUUCGGCAGCAUGACACCGUCUGCUAGAAAUUCGUCCUGUAAUCCCCUAGUAUGAUCCCUAAUUUCAGCAAAGGAAGUCUGGUAGAUCAAAUGAUGCGUAUGAUGGAACAAUACGCCAAUAACCUCGAGAAACUCGUUCAAGAACGAACUGGUAUGCUGGAGGAAGCCAAUGAACGCGCCGACAAGCUGCUAAACCAACUGUUACCUCGCUACGUUGCCACCGAACUAAAAAUGGGAAGAGCUGUAGCGCCAAAAAUGUUCAAAGAAGCCUCUGUCAUGUUCACCGACGUUGUCGGGUUCACAACCAUCUGCUCAACGUCAACUCCGCUAGAGGUGGUGACAAUGUUGAACAAUGUGUACACCGGGUUUGACAAUAUCAUCACCAAAAAUGGUGCGUACAAGGUUGAGACUAUUGGAGAUGCCUAUAUGAUUGUGAGUGGAAUCCCGCAGGAAAACGGAAGCCGGCAUUUGAUGAGCGUUAGUGAUGUUGCAUUGGGCUUCAUGCGAUAUUUGGAGGACUUCCCUGUACCGCACAGACUCCAGGACAGGAUUCGAAUCCGCGCUGGACUGCAUACGGGACCCGUGGCCGCCGGAGUUGUUGGAUUAACAACUCCGAGGUACUGCCUAUUUGGAGAUACGGUAAGUAAAAAUACAAAGCAUUGGUAGCUUUGCGAGUAUAAGCUCAAGUGACAGAGAUAUCCGAUUGAAAUUACGAACACACAAUAUUAUUUUAGGUCAACAUGGCCUCAAGGAUGGAAUCCACCGGAACUCCACAGAGGAUCCAAGUCAGCGACCAGUUCAAAACAGAACUGGACAGACUGUAUCCAGAAUAUGUGACAACACUACGUGGAGAAAGCGAGAUCAAGGUGAGAAGAGAGUCCGAGAAAAUUUUUUAUCCCUCAAACCUCUAGUGCAAUAUAAUCGACGUCAUUUUUCAGGGCAAAGGACUAUGUCGGACAUAUUGGCUGGAAGGAACAAGCGUUGCAGCCUAG